AUGGAAUCAGCAAGAUGGAGUGACUCUCUCUCCUUUUCCCUUCUCAGUUCCCAUUCACGCCAUCCCUCCCAAUACAAAUUUAUGGCCUUUUCAACUCUCUACACAUUCUCACUCCCUUCCUUUUCUUCACUUUCUUUCUCUUCGUCUUCUUUCCACCUCACACCCUCCUCUUUCUCUCCAAAACCCACCACUCCACUCCUCAACACUCGCACCCUUCGCCCUUUCCCUCGCGCCAUGCAAGCCUCGCAGAUCCAAGACGCCGUUGGAGGGGCAAUUAGCCUCGUCCAAUCGUCUCCCGCCACGUGGCAAUCAGCGCUUCUCAGCAACGUCAUGAUAUUUCUACUGGGUUCUCCGAUUUUGGUCACUGGACUGUCUCUCUCCGGCAUCGGUGCUGCGUUUCUGCUCGGAACACUCACUUGGCGCGCGUUUGGGCCUUCUGGGUUCUUCCUUGUUGCCACCUACUUUAUCAUUGUGAGCUUAAAUUUCUCUCUUGCUGAGCUUGUUGUGAAAGUGGUGUUUUUUAGUGUAAAGUUGGGGGGUUUGGGAUUGAAGUGGUUCUUUUAUAUUCUGGAGGUCUUUAAAAUGAUGCGUGUUGAGAUUAAAUUUGGUAUUCGUCGAACUGUAAAAAUGGGUUGGUGA